AGCUGUCUUGACGCCACCACCGUCGGCGCGCGCAGCCACGACGACGCCGCCGCCGCCGCGAGCCGAGGUCGGUCGGAGAAGUGCCCGGUCGGCCGGCGAUGGCGGAUGGGGCGGCGAGCAGGUUCCGCACGGUGUGCGUCUUCUGCGGCAGCAGCGCCGGCCGCCGCAGGGUGUUCGGCGACGCCGCCCUCGACCUUGGCCACGAGCUGGUGAGGAGGGGCGUCGACCUCGUCUACGGCGGCGGCAGCAUCGGCCUCAUGGGCCUCAUCGCGCGGACGGUGCUCGACGGAGGCCGCCGUGUCGUCGGGGUGAUUCCCAGGGCUCUCAUGCCCGUCGAGAUAUUAGGUGAGAGCGUGGGAGAAGUGAAGGUUGUAUCUGACAUGCACGAGAGGAAAGCAGAGAUGGCUCGACAGUCCGAAGCAUUCAUCGCUCUUCCAGGGGGGUACGGAACCAUGGAGGAGCUGUUGGAGAUGAUAACAUGGUCCCAACUCGGAAUUCACAACAAACCGGUUGGUCUGCUAAAUGUGGAUGGUUACUAUGACACCCUGCUGGCACUGUUUGACAAAGGCGCCAGAGAGGGCUUCAUCAACCCAGAUUGUAUGCACAUACUUGUCUCCGCGCCAACCGCCGCUGAACUGCUGACAAAGAUGGAGCAAUACACUCGGUCGCACCAGGAGGUGGCCCCAUCAACGAGCUGGGAGGUCUCCGAGCUUGGCUACACGAGAUCACCACCGGCUGAUGGAUGAACCCUAGCUUUCAUUCCACAUUUCCACUGAUACGAUGAUGCAUUUGUUGUUUUUCUUUAAUGUUUUUUCCUAUGUGCCAACAGAAAUUUAACAUCACGAUUGAGAUAUGAUUUUCUCUUGGUUUAA